AUGCGCUUUACAGUAACUACUUGUCUGUUACUUUUUACUACUGUAAACGGGUUCUCAUUCAGCGACAGAAAAUGGGUAAGGUUACUAAAAAUGUUGAUAUAGUGGUAUAGAAGUCCUUAUAAUGCAAUUUUUAUACUGCAUCAACUGACUUUUUGAACUUUUUCGAAAAAAACUUUACCUUACCUUUCAAUUUUACUUAAAAAUGAUACCUAAUUGUAGCCCCUUUAUCACAAUAUCAAUCAUUUUUAUAAACUUUCUUCUUCAGAAGUUCCUCCUACCCCAAGAUACCAUGAAACAGCUCCUCGACCUCGACAGGCACGCCGCCAGAACCCCAAUCGCAGUCGAUAAAGCGGUCGAUUCCAUCUUAUCAAACCAAUCAGCCCACAUCCUAGAACAACUUCAGCUCCCUCCCUUCUACUCUCAACUCCCAUUCAUGGCCAAGUGGCAGAUCAAGGAGAUUCUGUACGACAAGAUGUUGCCGUACGACGAGAAACACAAACUGAUCAGAGAAGUGAUCUUCAACCUGCCAGACAAGUCGAGGAAGUUCCCAUCGUUGAGUGCUGAUGACAGAAUGGCCAGACAUUCACGCUACUUCGAGGCCUUCAAUGCUCUACAGUACAAGGUUACCUUCAACUUCAAAUUGAGCGAAAUGAAGUCGGUCUUGAGUGAUAAGGAUUAUGAAAAUGUUAUGGAUGUCUUGACUAACAGCACAUUAACUAUUGAGGUAAGAUCUUACCAUUUAUAAAACACUAAAAGUAUCACUCCUUUCCUCACCUUUACCUACUACAAAAUCAAUAUUGUUUUAGGAAAAAACCUCUCAAAUCGACCAAAUAAUCUCUCGGCAACCAUACGAGGUACUCGACCAACUUUUCUUCACCAACGUGCCCAUUGUAGACGCUGAAGUCAGAGAGAGGUUCCGUCGUCUUCUGAUCGAAAAGUCAUUCUGGAGAGGUCGUCACAACAAAGGUCCCAAAUUCGGCCCAAAAACUAGAGCAGACUGCCUCAUGUGGCCAUGGUGUAACAUUGUCUACAAGGCUGACAGCAAGAAGAACGCUGAAAAGACAUUCUACGUCAAGCAGAUCGUUCCAGCUCCAAUGUUGAAGAAGCCAUUCAGUGUCACUAUCGUCAAACCUUACUUUGUUCAAGAUAAAGUGGACAAACAACUCAAAGAAGAUGAAGGUCAAGAUAAAGCUUCCAAAAAUGAUGUCAAAGCACCAGAAGUCAACCGUGGCAAAGUAGAGAAUACUGUUGAGGUAAAACAUCUAAAUACCCAAUCGCCAAUCUUUUCCAACGCUCAACAGGAUAGUAACAUCAAGAUGGACAAGAAAACUGACAAGAAAGAAGAAAGUCAUAUCAAGACCUUGCCAUUGAUUGAAAACCCUCGCCCAGUUGAACAGAAAAAGAAAGUUUUGCCAAGUCCAACCAAAGAAGAAUACUUCAAACAGAUUCCGAUCGGAGAAGGCGUCAAGAUUCACUUCAAAAACGUCAACGACAAGAAGAUCCCUGUCUUCACGGUCUUCAAAAUGGACCCGUUUUCUCAAAGCAUCAAAGUUAACCAAGAAGCCUCAAAGCCAGUAGCUACAGCGCCAUCAGUUCCUGUUCAAACUGUCAGUCAAGUCAGUAUCAAAGACAAUGUUGUCCCAACUAGUCCACAAGCUUCACCAAACCCAACUCCAAUCCAAGAGAACAAAUUCCAACUUAAAAUUGCUCCAGUCCACCAAAAUGGAGCCUCAUUGAAUCCAGUACCAACCCAAAAGACCAACGAGAAGAAAGUUCCAACCAACAACGAGAAAACUGAAGGAUUCUUGGACCAACUCUACUUCAAGGAGCACGAAAACGCCUUAAAAUGGAAUAGAGAUGAAAACCUGAAACCAUUUGAUCCCCAAGAACUCACAGUCUCUGCCAGAACCUUCAAGUUCGACAGUCCUCAGAAGAGCGGUCCAAAAAGAUACGAAAUCCUGAAGGGAUCUCGGAAAUGGACUGACACUGACGAGAACAAGUUCCUCGAGGAGUGGUACAAGCAUCACGGUAUUGCGAGAGACCAGCCUAUUCCAUUGAGAGAGCAGGACGAUCCUGUCACUGUGCCAUUGAAACCAAAGGAGAAUCCCGACCAUCACAUCGACUCUAGGAAACAAGCGACAGCCGGUCCAUUGCCUCAGGCUAAAGAACAAGUUGUGAAUGGAAUCCACUGGAAGAAUGUCAAGCCAACGGCUACAGAGAGUCCAGUCUAUGUUGAGGACGUGGUAAGUUGUAGAAAUACGUUCAAAAGUAAAAUAUUUUACAAGUUUCUAAAAAAAUAACACAAUUAUUUCAAAAGACAAAAUUAAUUGGGCGCAGCUUGUCUAGAACAAUUUUAUACGAAAAUUUUUAGGACGAAGGAAAAGCUUUUGAAGCCAAAAAGGAACCAAAUCAUGAGACCGUGAAGCCUCCAACAGUUGUGAUCGACAAAGAAUCUUCUCAAAAGUUGGUCGUGCAUCACUUAUCAAAUGGGUCUUCAGUACUUUCACUGGAGAAGAUCAACUCUGCUGAACUCAACAAAACAGAAAUGGUCAAGAAAGAAGAUCCUACACAACAACCGCUGAACGAAGCUGUCGAUAAUUCUGUUUUGGAAGCAAAACAUGAUCAGGUAAGCAUCCAAAGUUCAUGAAUCCUAAAGAUAUUUGACUUAAAAAGACUUACUGGUUUAAAAUGUAACUGAAAGGUUUGUAUAAGGUUAUCUAUAAAAAAAUGAAAUUUUAUGCUAAUUUUGACAAAAAAUUUCAGACUGUUUUCAGGACACAAUGAACAUUAUCACAAAGAGCCAUCUGGACCAGCUGAGGGAUGUCUUGGAACAGCUGCACGGCCAGAUCAAACAAGCUAGAGCUUACAAACCUUGA